AUUCACGGGAAAGAUCGCCAGUGGCGAAACCUUGCUUUCAAGAUCUCAACUUGAACCCCUCUCCAUUUUCAUUCCCGCAUUCUUGAUUGUUUGGUCUCGACGAAUCGCGGACGACGUAACAGACAGUCUUGUGUAGUUGUUUGGUAGUUGCUCAGCCCCCGUCACUCUGGUUGUGGACAGGCGUAUGAGCCUCUUGCACAUUCUGCGUCCGUUCAGUCGCUGCACCUGUCGGCGAAGCGCUUUCUCUUUCCAGCGGACAAGUCGGUCGUUCUCAACCACAACAGAAGACACCGAGGGAGCAGAGAAGGAGAAUGACCUGGAUGCGCUGCGGCGGAAGCGAAGGACAGAGUGGAAGAGACGGCAGAAUGGACAAACGUUUCUCGACCACAUAGUCGUCCAUGUCCGUGGAGGAAAAGGCGGCGACGGGUGCGUCGCGUUCAAUCGCGAGAAAUUCAAGCCCUACGGACCGCCGUCUGGCGGGAAUGGCGGGCGUGGCGGAGACGUCUAUAUCAUGGCGACACCGCAUCUCACUACCCUAUCGUCCGUGUCGUCUCGAAUACGAGCGCAGGCAGGAGGCACUGGGCAAGGUACAUGGCAGAACGGCAAGAAUGCACCGCCGACCAUCAUUAGGGUGCCGGUCGGUACUAUCGUGCGUGAACUCUCGCGCGACGACCCACGGCGGGCCAGGGACGAGUACGAGGCCGAGGAGGAAGCGCUGCAAGGGCUCGAUCCAGAGGAGCGCAAGAAGCAACUGCGCGCGCGGAGAUGGGCGCACUACCCGACGUACGAGGAUGAGAACAUGAAGCGUAGCUUCUUCCAGGAAGCUGAGCGCGCGCUGUAUCGCGAAGAGCGCGAGCGGAGGCACCUGCGCCGACAGAAGGCCAUGAGCCCGAUCUACCUUGACCUCGACAAGUCGGAUGAGCCGGAAGACAAUGAAGUGGAUCUGAACGCCCCGCUGGGCCACCGAAGACCGGACACCAUGGGCCAUCUCAUCGCGGCUGGCGGGCACGGCGGAGUGGGCAACCCGCACUACCUGUCGACGGAGAACCGCUCGCCGAAGUUUGCCACCCGCGGGUUGGAUGGCGAGCGCAUCUCGCUGUCGCUCGAGCUCAAGCUCCUCGCGGACAUCGGCCUCGUAGGCAUGCCGAACGCCGGGAAGAGCACCCUUUUGCGGGCGCUGACCGGCGGACGCGCCAAGACGGAGGUGGCGGGGUAUGCGUUCACGACGCUCAACCCGGUCGUCGCUGUCAUACGCGUCGCAGACGACGGUAGCUUCCAGGGCUCGGACGGCACUGUCUACGACGAGACUUGGGUAGAAGCCCAGCACGAAAAAGAACUUAUGGAAAGCGGCGCGCUCGCUGACGCACUCACGCGAAACCAGGCGAGAGCUGUCGAGGAAGACGACCCGCUCGAGUCGUUCCGCUUCACAGUCGCGGACAACCCGGGGCUCAUCGCGGAGGCGUCGUCGAACGUCGGCCUCGGCCACUCCUUCCUCCGGGCAAUCGAGCGGUCGCACGCGCUCGUAUAUAUCGUGGACCUCUCGUCGCCCGCGCCGUGGGAUGAGCUGCGCGUGCUCCGGGACGAAAUCGAGAAAUACAAGCCCGGAUUGAGCCCGAAGGCACGCAUGGUGCUCGCGAACAAGGCCGACCUACUUGGAGGCCCAAGCGAGGAUGGCCAGGAGGACCCGCAAGCUGUGCUGGAGGCGCGCGAGAAGCUGAAGAAGCUGGAAGAGUUUGUGGAGAGGGAGAUGAAGGUGCAGGUUCAGGACCCGGUGGGCAGUGUGGUUGGCGAGAGGGCUCCGGACGUCAUUCCAAUCUCGGCGAAGCAUAGUCUGAACCUGCGCAAGGUUGUGGGGCUGAUGCGCAGGUACGUGGAGGAGGCGAGGCGAGGCGAGGAUCCGUCGCCGAAGUCGGCGGUCCUGAACGAUGUGUCGAGGUAACGAUGGGGCAGCA